UGACGGCCGUUUCCUCCUCUGCAGACUUCCUCACUUCGGCUCCCCAUGGCCGGCCGCGGGGGUUUUCCUCUCACGCCGCAGCCGCCGCAGCCCGGGGCCCCCCCUCCGGUUGCUUCGGCGGCGCUGUCCGCCCUUCCUCCACCGGCUCCGGGGCUUUUGCGGGGACCCAGCCCGGCCGGGGCCACCCCGUACCGGGCCAUGGGGCACGCGCCUCCGUUCCAGCGCCCUGGGAUUCUGCCUGGUGGCCGGAUGCCCAUGGCAGGAUUGCAAGUGGGGUCCCCCUCAGGGCCUCUGUAUGGAUCACCUUCUCCAAUGAGACCAGGAAUGCCACAGUCCAUGAUGGAUCCAUUCCGGAAGCGCCUGCUUGUUCCACAGACCCAGCCGCCUCCAUCAUUAUCCCAAAGGCGAGGGCUCAAAAGGAGGAAGAUGGCAGACAAGGUCCUGCCACAGAGGAUUCGUGAACUAGUCCCAGAGUCUCAGGCCUACAUGGAUUUACUGGCCUUUGAGCGCAAGCUGGACCAGACUAUUGCCCGCAAGAGGAUGGAAAUCCAGGAGGCAAUCAAGAAACCUUUGACGCAAAAGCGGAAGCUUCGCAUUUACAUCUCCAAUACCUUUACGCCUGGCAAGGAAGAAUCUGAAGGCAGUGAACGCAUAGCUUCGUGGGAACUUCGUGUGGAAGGCAAACUCUUAGAUGAUCCAAGUAAACAGAAGAGGAAGUUCUCAUCCUUUUUCAAGAGCUUGGUCAUUGAGCUGGACAAAGAGCUGUAUGGCCCAGACAACCACCUGGUGGAGUGGCACCGGAUGGCCACAACCCAAGAGACAGAUGGCUUCCAAGUAAAGCGCCCGGGCGAUGUCAAUGUGAAAUGCACCCUUCUGCUCAUGCUGGAUCAUCAGCCUCCCCAGUACAAGCUGGAUCCCCGUUUGGCUCGCCUUCUGGGCGUUCACACCCAGACUCGGGCCAGCAUCAUGCAGGCUCUGUGGCUCUACAUCAAACACAACAAGCUCCAGGACAGUCAUGAGCGAGAGUACAUCAACUGCAACCGAUACUUUCGCCAGAUCUUUGGCUGCAUCCGCAUGCGAUUCUCUGAGAUCCCCAUGAAGCUGGCUGGGCUCCUGCAACAUCCAGAUCCCAUUGUUAUCAACCAUGUGAUCAGGAACAGCUCUUGGGGAGAUGUAGAUUCUCAGCCCUCAUCCCAGCCUCCUGUCCCUACCCACCCCUCCAGUGUGGACCCUAAUGAUCAGAAGAAGACUGCCUGUUACGACAUUGAUGUGGAAGUGGAUGACCCCUUGAAGGCCCAAAUGAGCAACUUCUUGGCCUCCACUACCAACCAGCAGGAAAUUGCCUCCCUGGAUGUCAAGAUCCAUGAAACCAUUGAGUCGAUCAACCAGCUAAAGACACAGCGAGAUUUUAUGCUGAGUUUCAGCAACAAUCCCCAGGACUUCAUCCAGGAGUGGAUCAGAUCUCAGCAGAGGGACUUGAAGAUCAUCACCGACGUGGUUGGGAACCCUGAAGAGGAGAGGCGUGCGGAGUUCUACCAACAACCGUGGAUGCAGGAGGCUGUUGGGAGACACAUCUUUGCCAAGGUUCAGCAGCGCAGACAAGAACUGGAACAAGUGCUUGGCGUUCGCCUUACCUAGUGCUGCCACCUUCAGCACCCCUUCUGCACCUUGUGGUACUUUGGAAUGGACCGGCAGCCAGGCAAUGCUUGUCCAAAAUCCUCUGCCUCUAUCAGGGCUGGGGGAGUUCUGCCUCCAUUGUCUCAUUUGGGGAUUGGGAUGGGGGGAGCUUAUUCAGUAUCCACCUGGGUAUUAUAUAAGGCUUAAAACCUCCUUUAGAGAGAAAAGUGAGCUCUCCUUCCUCAGACCCCUUACCCUUCCUAUGCGCUUUGCCUCUGGGACACUGGGAAUUUUUGAGUUGCCUUCUACCUCUUAGCUGAGUCUCAGCAGCCUCCCUUGCAAUGUCAGGUGGCUGCCACUGCUGCUCAAUUUUUAACCAAAGCUUCAUCCAUUCCAAACUGUCAGCCUUGCUUGCUGGCAUUUAGUCUUUGCACUAUCUCUUUUUUUGGGAGCAGGUUUGGUUUUUUUUUUUAACGGGAAGUUUGUUGUUAAUAUGUAUUGGUGCCCUUCCUCCCUCUGAAACUGUGGUUCUGAAGAGGGGUUUGUUUGUUUUGCUGUUCUGUUAAUGACAAUCAGUUGAUAUUUCUUCCGUGGUUCUCCAGCAUGAAGUUUAAAAAGUGAAUAGUGGAGACCUGUUCCUCUCUGGUCAGGCCACAUGUGCUGUAGGAAGCAUUUGAGGCCGCCAGCCAAGGAGAGAUUUGCUUGAGCCUUCUUGCCGCCCCACCCCCCACCCCAAGUGCCUUCAGUCCCCAAGUUCCUGGCCCCUCGGCACUUAAAUCUAGACUAUAUCCUCCUUGCUCUCUGGUCCUUCUCUUGAGAUGUAGUUGGCCAAGUAGGAGCUGAUGGGAUGUUCACUCACUAUGAACAAGAAUGUUACCAGUUUCUAUGUUGAAUGUUUUCUAAUAAAAGUACUCUUAAGCAGCAGCUUGAA